AUUGUAAUAUCGAUAUAUCGAUAUAAUUUCAACAAACCAAAAAGAAUCAAAAGAAUGUCACUGUCAGUGUCAGUUUGCUGUUUGCCUGCUGCGCUAAGUUUAUGUUGUUACUUUUUCAUAUUUUUGCAUUUUUAUCAGGGAAAAACACAAAUUGAAGUGAGAAUGGAGGAAGUUCUCGAGAAAAUGGAAUCGGUUUUAGGCAGUUUAAAGCCUAAAGAUAGCCUAAGCUCAUUUGAAGGGCUAUAUAAAAAUUGGGGUAAAUUAGAUAACCAAGAAGAAAGGCGAAGAGAUUUAUUGGAGAUUCAAAAAAGUAAUAGAAAUGCAAAGUUGGACCUGUUUAGAGGUAUACUGGACCUAGUAAACACUGUAGAAGAAAAUGAUAUCUUCAAAUCUAGUAAAAAAGUUCACUACAGACCCAGUAUUUAUGUUGCUGGUUUCAAUAGAGCAUCACCAGCAUACAACAAUGUCCUAAUGAUGUCAGAGUGGUUGAUAGAAAAGCCUUCAGAUUUUGCUGAGAAUUGGUACAUAACACCAUGCCCAAAGGGAACCAGAGUACUUGUAGUUGCCAAUAAUGGGAUAACAAAAUGUUAUACAAAAUAUGGUCAAUUUUUAUUUAAAAUGAAUUCUGCUCUGCCUGGUGGAAAUCGAAAUUAUCCUAAGAGUAAUAAAGGUACAUGCUGCGUGUUGGAUUGCUUCUAUUGUGAAACCAAAAGCACUUUAUAUGUGUUAGAUUUAUUAGCAUGGAAUAAUCAGCCCAUGACUGAUUGUGAUACAGAAUUCCGGUAUUUUUGGCUCCAAUCACAGUUUGCAGAAAAUCCGGAAGUGGGAGUGAUUAAUAAACAAAACAAAAUUAAAUUUACUCUGUUACCAAAGAGUCCAUGUAAGCCAGAUGAAUUAAAUAAGUUCAUGAUGACAUAUCCUCAUUUUGAAAGCAACUCACCCAGCUUAGAUGGUAUCCUGUUUUACCACAGACAAGCGCAUUAUAUCUCCGGCGAGACACCAUUAGUUGGCUGGCUUUUCCCUUACAUGGUUCCAGAGGUCUUGGGAGCUGAUAUUACAGUUAACAAGAGUUAUAUGUCUCAAAAACCAGAAGGAUAUGUGAAUCAAGCUGAUUUUAUUCGAAAUUUCGAAGAGAAACAGGCUAAGAAGAAACAUGGUAGACGAAGUUCCAGAAACAGCAAUGCUAUGGACACAGCUGAUAUUAAUAAGACUGAGAUGGAAGCCGAAGAAAGCACAGAAUAUUCAGUUGUUGCUGUAGUAGCAGAAUCAAAAACGACUAUGGAAACCGAAGAAACUUUAAGAGAAAAAGAAAACAUAAUAGAAAAUAUAAAAUACUCUUUAGUAACUGAAUCGACAACGUCAAUGGAAUCCGAAGAAUCUACAAAGGAAAAAGAACAAAGCACAGAAGACAAAAAAUAGUCUUACAAGAUGGUUAUGAUCCUUCUGAAGAAUUGUCUUUGUCCUUAAAAGAGGUUAAAUAGAUCAAAUUUCUUCAGCCUCUCUUGGAUAUUGCAUUCUUGGGAUAGAUAAUGAGUUUAAUGAGGAAUUGUUAUCUACCUAACCACGACAAAAAGCUACCUAGCAAAACUAGCAAAAAAUAUAGGUACAACUAAUGGCAAGAUGUUCAGAAUAACUAUGAAAAAUGAAGCGUGAACAGUUAUUUUGUACACAAAAUAUGUCUACAGCGCAAGCUUCAGUGUUUCUCGAUAACCACACAGUGCAAAAAAUUCACUGGUUGGCGUAUUAUGAAUAAGUAUUUAUAAUGCAUAAAUAUUCGAUGUACUUUCUGACCAUAAUAUAAUGUACCAAAUUAAAUACAUGUAAUUCUGUAAUAUACAGAAUCUCAACAAUAUAAUCGAGUUAGUGUUUUAUUCUUGUACCGAUUAUAUCAUAGUUCAUUUGACUGAGAAAAUUCACUAUCUACUUUAAUAUAGGGGAAAAGCCGGAUUGUUGCCCCACUUUUCAAUAAAGCUCUAUGAUUCAAAAAUGUGGACCUACAAGUAGCGAUGCGAUGCAUCAAGUAAUAGACAGGUCCUUCUUCUUUCAUAGUAGCCUAUUUUGUAAACAUAAUUAAUAUCGGUUUUGAGUAAAUCCGGUUUUAAUAGACCUCUCAAAAAAGAAAAGUUGCUUACUUGAGCGGAGAGUAGCCUAAGGUUUAAAAUUUAUACGGGAAUACUUUCACUUUGGGGGAACAGACCACUUACUAAGAUUUUUGAAGAUACAAACAUUUUAUAUCAAAUUGUGUAAGCAAUUUUUAAUUGUGAUUGUUUGUAUCUGACUCCCACUCGAACAUUUAUUUUGUAGUUGCAUCUUUUCUUCACAGCAUUACUUAUGCUUUCUUGAAUAAAUAGAUGCUGGCAGUUUUUUUAACUAUUUUUUAAAGGAUAUUUACAAAGCAUUCCCAAAAUAUAAAUAAAUAUAUAUUUAAAACACUGUUUAUUCACAACAGGUAGGAAAAUAUUAAAAUCAGUAUUUCGACAAUGAUAAUUUAUAGUUACCCAUAGAGCAUCUAUCUGUAGUAAAUAGGGCAGCCAUCCUUAUGGGAACGGAUACUUGCUCCUUUUUUUUAUAAAAUAAAUAAAAAACUACUCAACAACGACACAUUAGAAACAGUGUAAUUUAAACUCCAAUGCAUGCCAAGAAACUAAAAGAUCCCUAAAUCAGUUCAAAAUAGUGUACUCUCUAAUAUCGAAUUUUAUUUACUCACACGGAAUUAACGCGCGCGCCAAAUUCUACAAUUUACAUGACAUUACAUCCUUCGGGAAAUAUACUUACAGAAACAAUAUCCGUAACGUAGUGUACUCAAACCGGGGCAAGUAUCCAACUGCGGCAACUAUCCGGCUUUUACCCUACUAUUUUAUGUAGCGUAAUAGCCGAAACAGACUUUUGAAAUGCGACGCCACCCGAUGCGUGUUGAUGACACUUUGACAAUUAAAUAUAUUUUCUAUGAUCAGAAUCACAUUAGGAACAUACGACGCGACGCGAUGCGCACACACUGAUCAUAGAAUAUACGCGUCGCGUGGCUUGCGUUUCAAAAGUCUGUUUCGGACUUUACCAUUGGCGGUCGCUUACUUUCAGAGGGUUGCGUCUGUAACUGCACAUUAUUUUAUUCAGUAAUAAAAUGCAAUUUAUAAGUAAUUUGUUUUUUUCUGUUUACUUUAAAAUACAAAGUCAUCAUCUUGCACUUGAAGACAAUUUAAGCUUUUGAUCCUGACUGAAUGCAGUCUGGGUUCUUACCCACCAUUCUGCACUCGGCCUGCGUGAUGGGUGUUGGCUUGUUUGGACUCACGGUGCGGUUUCCCCCACCAGCCGCACCGCACCUUCCCAUAUUCCAUCCAUAGUGGAAGUCUGUGCCCCCUUGUCACGGUUACCCUGGUCUACUAACUAAGGUCAGAAAUGAGACAACAGAAUACCAUGCAAACUAUUAACUUUAAUAAAAAAACUCGACCCGGAGAAAUCAAAAAUUAUACAGGUGGGGUUGAGCACUUAACCCACACAAGUUCUUGGCUUCGACGGUUCAGGAACUCUCCUGUGUAACACCGGGUAGUUGGUAAUCCCGGGAAACCGCUGGCGACUGGAGGCUGCAGGAACGGGUAGCCCGGCAGAGAGUACUCUCGUGUGGUGGAACUCUGUGAGGUGAUACCGGCCAAAUUGGUAUCCCGAGCGUUGAACCCUGGAACGCGCAAUUAAAAUACAAUUACAAGCCGUCCAGUACUAUUUUGCGAACAUCCACGGUAACUGCGUCGUAAAAGAAAGUACCUAAUUGUAGUAGUAGUGCCGUGGAAUCAUCACAAUCAGAAACGGAGAUUACAAUUUCGACAAAUAAUAAUAUAAUUGAUUGGAUUGAUAAUGAAAUUUACGUAUAUUUAAAAAUUAUUGAAACAUGAGGGUGGAAUUAAACGACGAUGAAAUCUUUAUGUAGCAAAAGUAUGCAAAAUCAAUAUAAAUGUGAUUUAUAUUAAUACUAGCUGACCCAGCGAAC